GCUGCAGCCAGUAGGAAGCACCUGGGUGGUGUCGGAACUCUGUGGGUCGGUGUGGGCCAAUAGGUGCGAGGUGGCGGUAAAGGGCAGUCAUGGCGGCGCUGCCGGUACUUGUGCUGGUGCUGCUGCUGGCCUGCGGUGGGCCGCGCGCUGCGGGGCAGAAGCGGAAGGAGAUGGUGUUAUCAGAAAAAGUGAGCCAGCUGAUGGAGUGGACGAGUAAGAGAUCUGUGAUACGAAUGAACGGAGAUAAGUUCCGCCGCCUUGUGAAGGCACCACCCAGGAACUACUCGGUGAUUGUGAUGUUCACUGCUCUGCAGCCUCACAGACAAUGUGUUGUGUGCAAGCAAGCUGAUGAAGAAUACCAGAUUCUGGCAAACUCCUGGCGAUAUUCCAGUGCAUUUACCAAUAAGAUUUUUUUUGCUAUGGUAGAUUUUGAUGAAGGCUCGGAUGUGUUUCAGAUGCUAAACAUGAAUUCUGCUCCCACCUUCAUUAAUUUUCCUGCUAAAGGGAAGCCUAAACGAGGUGACACAUAUGAACUCCAGGUGCGCGGCUUUGCAGCUGAGCAGCUUGCUCGUUGGGUGGCCGACAGAACCGAUGUCAAUAUACGUGUGAUAAGGCCACCGAACUAUGCUGGACCACUGAUGUUAGGACUGCUGCUGGCUGUCAUUGGCGGCCUUGUGUAUUUGCGUGGGAGCAAUCUGGAUUUUCUGUAUAACAAAACUGGCUGGGCGUUUGCUGCUUUGUGUUUUGUAUUAGCAAUGACAUCAGGUCAGAUGUGGAACCAUAUUAGAGGGCCACCCUAUGCUCAUAAGAACCCCCACACAGGACAAGUGAACUAUAUCCAUGGAAGCAGCCAAGCCCAGUUUGUUGCAGAAACACACAUUGUUCUUCUGUUCAAUGGUGGUGUUACUUUAGGAAUGGUACUCCUCCAUGAAGCUGCUACUUCUGACAUGGAUGUGGGGAAGAGAAAGAUCAUGUGCAUUGCUGGUAUUGGCUUGGUGGUGUUCUUUUUCAGUUGGCUACUAUCUGUCUUCAGAUCAAAAUACCAUGGAUAUCCAUACAGUUUCCUAAUGAGUUAAAAGAUUCCAGAAUCCAUAACAUCAGGAAGGUGGUGACUGAAACCGUGUAAUAGAAUGGAAGAACUAAAGAUGUGUGGUUCAUGCUACCUCUCUGUACACUGAAUGAGAUAGUUAAACACUGAACCAAAGACGACAUGCAGUGCCUUAAAUAUAACAAGCAAUGUGCAUUGAAGGACAGAGUAUUAAGAUGCAAUCUCUAAUGAGCUUUACAUCUUCUGAUGCAACUUUAAAUCUAAUGGAAGGCAAAACUUUACAUUUAGAAUUACUGUUUCCUUAGACUAACAGAAACGGUACUUUGAAUUCUAUUGGAUAAUCUCUUUUGCAUGUCUUUUCCCCUCAUACUUCUUGCUCAUCCUUGCAGAUGACAGUAGCUUCUCUGUUGUGCCUUUGCAUGGUUGAGGAAGCCUCAUAUACCUGCAUAUCUCUUCCUUCAGUCUGUGUGUGACCCUUGGAGCGUACUGCAGAUUCUAUUUCAGGAUGUGCAUACCCUAAAGGUGUAUGUCUAUUUUGAGAAGAGUAUUUAACUACAGUAUGAUACAAGAGAUUGCUUCACAGAUGAAGGUAGACUUUAUAACAGGUAGUAAUGGCUCAAAUGGUAAAAAAUUUCAGUCAACAUUGUACAGUGACUUACUAAUGAAUUUUAUACUUGAUAUUCAGGACUGAAAAAAAUAAUAAUAAACUUAGUGCAUUUCUUCUUCUCCCUAGUAAAUAGGCAAAAUUCAUGGUAAACUUUGCUGUCCGUGAUUUGAUCGAAGUCCCUAUUUGUUAUAGGGCAACUCGUUUAAUUGUUUAAAAACUUUCUUGUCAAAUAAUGAAACUACAUCAGUUGAUUUGUAAAUAUUGGUUCACAGCUGAAAAAGCAUCAUCUCAGUGAUCAACACUUCCCUUCCAAAAAUAACAAAACCUGGAAAGGUAAUUACAAAGGUAACUAUCUGUUGCAUGAAUUACAAGUUGCUAACUGGCCUUAAAGUUGCUGCUCAGCAUCUGCUGUCAGAUUGCUGGUCACAGUGCAAGUUCUCACAUUCACUGCUUUCUCCAAAUUUUUUUCAGCCUUAUGUCCUUGGAAGGAUAUGGGAGUGGGCUGAGAUAUCUAACCCGAGAUGUUGUUACUCUAGAAAAGCUUCCUUUAGCCUUACGAUUAAAUGGAUGUGCUUUUUGCUCUUUUAUCUCACGAAGAUGCUUUGUCUUAAGGAUUUUUAGUUGAAGCCCUUGUGCCUCAGCCCACGCUGUUUUGUAAUUCAGCAUCUGCACUACGGGAAAUGUUUGUGGCCUAAUUCAGCAGUACUGCCUUCUGUAGACUAUGAUGGCCUUGGCGGUUAAUAGUCAGAGGAAAAUAUGAGCCUGGCUUCUGCCUGUCUCCUGUCUCUGAGGGUUACAGGAUGUGGAUACUUUAGAUUUAAGCUUGAAAAGAGCUUUGUCAUUCAAAGUAGAACGUUGUUAUUAUGCAAUUUUGCUACAUUAACACAUCUCAAGUGCCUUACCUUUUCUAAUUUAGUUGUUUGACAUUUCAACUUGUUGGUGAGAUGCAUUUUCUUUUUAAACCAUACAGAAUGAGAAGUUUUAGUGGAUUGGAUAAGUUGUGUGGCUGGAUUUUGGACAAUUUUCAAUAAAUUUUUUUAAUCCAUG